UCUGCAGAUUUCUCUUCCUGUCAUAAAUACUGAGCCAAGCACUCAACCCAAAUCAAGCUAUAUGAACUUCAGUCUUCAGGAACAGGUAGAACAAGACUCUGAAACAGACUCACAUUUGCCAGUGAACCUGUCCCCGUCACAAGAAAGCAGCCCGGCAAAAAAGGACCUUGUACUUACUCAGCUACCAUCAAAGCCAAUUCACAGGAAAUUCCGCCCUGAAAUGCUGGAGAACCAGGAGCUUUCUCCCACGAAAAGCACACCCGCCUCUUCCUUGCCUACUAUCAAACCUCACCAUGCACUUCCAAAACAGUCUUCAAAACAGAAGAAAGCUAUUCAGACUGCUAUCCGUAAGAACAAAGAAGCCAAUGCGGUACUAGUCCGAUUAAACAGUGAACUCCAGCAACAACUGAAGGAAGUUCACAAGGAACGAAUUGCACUGGAAACUCAGUUGGAGCAACACCGACCUGUAACUGUCUUGUGACAUUUUUUUACACACAGUUUGUUCUAUGAAACAUGACACUUUGUAUAAUAUGUUGGCAUAAUUUUUUUUCUAAUAAGGCAGCUUCAUCUGGAAAAAAUAGUUGCCAGAUUUUUCUGCAUUUCUGGUAUCACAGUUACCUUACUGGUAAGAAGAUGCACACCAUCCUAAUGUCAACCAUUAUACCUAGACCAUUUCCCCACUGAUCCACCAGCAAGAUCUUAUUCAAAUUCCACCCUUUAUGUACUCCAAGAAUUGUUGCUUUAUUUCCAAAGGGCAGGGAGGGGGCAUUUAAAGUGUGUGUGUGUGUGUGUGUGUGUGUGUGUGUGUGUGUGUCCAAGAAAUUAGUUUAACUUCAUGUCAUUUUAUCUUUUUUUGGCUAUUAUUUUCAUAUGUUUUCCAUGAGCAUUUACAGAACAUUGCAAUAUCUUCCUGGUUUCCCCCCCCAAAGUUUUAUGAUUACCAAUCACCUUUAGUAGGAAGCACAAAUCUUGUUGUAUUAAUACAAUACAUCUACAUUCCUCUCUCUACCACUUACCACUGCAUAUUAAUUUCUUGUCUAUUUCUUGAAGCUGACAUGCUGCCACUGUUGUUGUCAUAAUUCUGCUGCAGUCUUGAAAGCAAAAAUGUACAAUGGCCUGCAGCCACAGUUUAAUCUAGUUCAUGGCAUCUUUGAUGGAUGGCAUAUUAUCCCAGACCAUGAGGUGGCCUAGACCAUAGGACUACCUGUAAGCUGUUCCUACAAUUCAUGUGGUUUUCAUACUGCUGCAGCUGCUGCUUGAAGGCCACAUACCUUGAAGUGGCCAAGUGCAAGAAAUGUGUCCUAGUAGGCCAUUUAUUCACAACUGUGUGCUAUGAAACUGCUAGGCAUUCUUGUACAUUGCUCGUUACGUUACUCCAAUAGAGUUGGUAGUAGUUCAUUACACCAGUUCCAAUUAUACAUUUUUGCAUUUUUCUACUUAAAUUUAAUCAAAUCAUUUACAAAAAAAGCAACACUGAAAUAUUUGUUCUGUUGCUUACAACAAAUAUUAACAUAUUAGCACCAGGCCAUGUAUCUCAUUUAAAAUAGAGUAGCUUUGUAUAUAGAAUUGUUCCCGAUUAACUGUUGAAGUUAUCAUCGGAGUCCACUAGUCAUUUCUUAUCCAUUUGGGAUUCAUGUCUCACUUUAUUAAUAUGUUGGUUCUGUUGUUAUCUAUCAAUUGCAUUUAGCCUGGAGAAUCCCAAAAAAUCCCCUUGUACCCAAUAAGAAACAUGCUACAUCUGAGAAUGCAGCACAUUGUCUGGCUUGCCUUGAAAUAUAUAGUACUCCUUGACUUGCAUACUGAGAUUAGCAUGACCACAGGGAAAGUGAUCCUUUAGGGAAAGGGGCAGCCAGGAAAGCUUUUUAUCAUUUCAAUUUUCAUUUUUCUUGCAGAUCAUUGCGCAUUAUUGAAAACGUGCUCAUGAUUUAGAUUACUUGUAAAGGAGAUUAAUCAAUUCACAGGAAUAGAUAUAGAACUAAUAUUGAUCAUGCUACCUCAUUAGAACUCUAACGUUCAGGGCAGUGGGCCACAGUAGAUCAGCUCCUGGGUUGAGAAGGACAACAGGAUAAGGUUGUCUUUGCUCACAAAAGGAAGCUAGCUGGCUACACUUAAAACUGCAUAUGGGAUUAUAUGGUCGGUGGAUCUGAAACAGCAGGGUUCAUUUUAUAGCCCAUAUUAUUCAUUUUUAAAGUCCAAGUCUUAUUAACUUGUAAAGCCAGCAUAGAGUCCAGCAUCACAAAAUACUGCCUAUUUCCAUUAAAACAACCAGGAUAUGCUUUCUCUUGUUUUCAUAAAAUGAACAUCUUUGUGUUCUUGGCCCUAAUCACAUUUGUAACACAUGCUUUUAUUUUAGCACUGCAUCACAAGACAAGAAAGACGCCUGUAUAAAAUGCCAUGCUGCCAAGGGGUGGUGACAGAACUGUACUGUGUAGACCCACGUCUGGCUUAAUAUGAAGCUGUUCCUAUGAACGCAAAGUACACUUGGUUUAAAAUUAAGUUGACACUUAAAAACUCAGGCUAAGUUAACAGAUCCUCCAGCUGAGUCUUAGGUUGCAGAACUUGUUCAUCAUUUUUAUAAUUAAUUAAUAUACUCAUACUAACCAUGCAAAGAACUUUCCUAGGAAUGUAGUAUAUAAAUCUUGAACAAUGAGUAAUUUUAUGUAGACUUUUACAGAGGACCACAAUACGAAUCUUAUCCAUUUAAAUAUACUUCAAGUGGACAUGAAACAAUGUCUUGAUUGGUAUUUAUACAAUGUCUGAAAUAGGAAUCUGGAAGUGUUAUGUAUGAUUUAGAGCUGUUUAAAAUAAUCAUUUCAAGGAACGUUUUCAACUUUUAUCUAAACCUUAUGUGUGCAAAAAAUAAUUAACUAGACAAAGUAUAUAUGUUCUCUUUUCUGAAGAUAAGAAUAAUCAUUGCCUAUAACAAAAUAAAUUUAGAACAAUUGGUAGUAAUAUCCCUUUAAGUAUUGGUAGUUAUAUAUUGCCAUUAUUUACUCAGAUGUAUGCUCCAUGGGAGUGUGGUUUAGAGCGCCUCAUUUCUCCACCAAUUCUCAACUGCUCCUUGACAGUGUUGCAACAGGAAACGUUCCCAUCAUUGCUGCACCAACAGAAGUGGAGAGGAGGAAUAGACCAUUAUUAAAAAAGGUCA